AUGAAAACGACCUUGGAUCCUCGAUUUCCCUCUGAGGGAUACGAGGAGUACGACGAAAAAUCAAGACUCGAUUCUUCUCCCAUGAAGUAUGGGAUUACACAAGGACAGAAUCUCGAAAGUCCAUGGGAUCUUGAAGAGAACAUCCCAAGAAAUUCAUCGGACGGAACAUUAAGGCCAGCAUCCGAGUCCGAAGAAGUCACAUCUUCGGACCUGGAAGGAGAGAUAUGUGAGAAGUGCAAAAGUAACAAGAGAAUUGCGUAUAUUUGGAACCCUACCUAUCUUUGUCUUCCGUGGCUUGGAUGGAUAUAUCUCACCUUUACUGUGGUCAUGAUUUUUUUUCCACUCGUGGUGACGACUGUGUCGAAUGCAAAGGUAAUAAAGGAAUUAAAUCCAAAUGAAGACAUAUCAAAGACACCUUUAGCAGGAAUAGCACAUAUUGGUUCCUUCGAUUUCAGACACGCUGACUUUCUAAUCCCUACAAAUAAAUGA